GGGGCCCGGCCAUGAGGCUGAGCCGGGCGGCCGUGCUGGCCAGGGCCAAGGCGGCCGGGCUGGACGGUGUCCGGCGCCUCAACUGCUGGGGCAGCCGCCUGACGGAUAUAUCGAUAUGCCGGGAUUUGCCCAACAUCGAGGUGAUCACGUUCAGCGUGAACGGCAUCUCCGACCUCGAGCCGCUGCGUCAGUGCCUGAACCUGACUGAACUCUAUCUGAGGAAGAACAACAUUACAAGCCUAAACGAGCUCUUCUACCUCAAAAACCUACCCCAGCUGAGGGUCCUGUGGCUGUCUGAAAAUCCCUGCUGUGGGUCGGACCCCCACCGCUACCGGAUGACCGUGCUGCGCAACCUGCCCAGCCUGCAGAAGCUUGAUAACCAAGCUGUGACAGAAGAAGAACUGUCCCAGGCCCUGGUGGAUGGCGAGGAGAUCACAGCCCCACCACCCAGGAGGGGGGUGGACAAUGGCUGCCCUGGCUCCUCGGAAUCCAGUGCUGCUGAGUCCACAGCCGAGACUGAGAGGGAACUGCUGAGCUUCACUCUGGAGGAGACAAACAAAAUUCGAGAGGAGCUGGGUAUGAAGCCGGUUCCCAGGGAUAAAUUUUCCUCCUUUUCACCUCGAGAGACAGACUGUAACCAAAAGGAGAAAAACAAUGUCCUGAAUGCCAUCCUGCUUCUCACAAAGGAACUGGACGUGGAGGGUCUGGAGAUUGUCCAGCAGACGGUGGGGAGGAGGCUCCAGGCCCUUCAGAAGAAGGAGCUGCAGGAGGAGUGACAGUCCCCACUGCAAACCUCCCUGCAGCCAAAGCCUUGGCCUUUCCCACUGCCCUUCCCUUCUGGAGGAGCUGGGAUGGGGUGCUGCUGGCUUCCCCUGGAGCUCCUGUGCACAUCACCCUGGGGCUGGCAGCACCUGAGUGGGUGCUCGGGAGCUUUCCUGCUUGUGGAGCAGGCUCCCUUCACAGUCAUACCUUGUGUUGCUGGGAGCUGCAUGGGAAGCAGCAAAGCCAAAGGGCUGCAGUGAGAGCUGCUGCUGUGCUGUGCGAUCAAAGGGGGAUGGCAAAGCCUGCUGACCCCUGAAAAGUUCACUGCUCGUUGGUGACUCCCUGUCAGGCUCACCCUCUGCCAGCCUCUGUUGGUGUGUAGCAGCCUCUGAGGGCAGUUCUUACCACAAAGGUUUGUUUUUGUCAAGUCUGUCAGGGAGACGUGGCCUGAGAUGGUCACCAAGAACUGUCUGGUGCUGUUUGCAAAGGUCACAUUCCUCAUUUACCUUCAACUCCUGAAUUCUUCUGGUCCUCCUUAGCUCCUGCAACAUCAGACUUGGCGACCAGGCAAAGAACUGUCUGGUGCUGUUUGCAAAGGUCACAUUCUUCAUUUACCUUCAACUCCUGAAUUCUCCUGGUCCGCCUUAGCUCCUGCAACAUCUGACUUGGCGACCAGGCAGCCCAAAGAAAGGCUGGGUGCAGCCUGGGUGAAACAGGAAUUACUCUCUCCCAGAUCCUGAAUGCUCGGCUGUGCUCUUAACCCCCACAUCCCCCUGCAGGCAUUAGAGCAGCUUAAGGAAACUUAACAUCAAAAAGCCCCUGUGCAUUUUGCAGCUGGGAGCACAAAAAAAAAAAAAGCCAAGCAUGACUGUCAGGUUUCCACAGGCAUCAGGGGGGUGUUUAACUGAAAAAGCUGCAUUGACUAAGAUUUUACAGAGCUGUUAAAUACACAUUAAAAUGUUGUGACAUACCAAAUAAAGCCAGUUGUCCCUCUAA